CACAAGGCCAAAGCUCUGGCGCAGCGAGCCUGAGAGUUAUCUCCGAGUCUCGCUAUUGAUUCCUUUGUCUUUCAAGAGGCACUUCUUCCCUUGCUUUGCUACAUAAAACAAUGAGUAGUGAAUAGCUUCCCUCCUGUAAACACUAAGCAAACCUUGUGUGGAGGGAAGUCAAUCAGGUUCCAGCUCCUUCGAAGAAAAUGCACGGGAGAAGGGGCUCUUUCAAACUUCUGCCGGCAGACAGCGCGGGGGAUGAUGACCUGGCGGAAGCGCAGGUGGGAGCUCCAUUCAUCAGCAGAACGGACCCCCCUGGACCAAUCAAGCGGCCUCGCAGGUCUUCCCUAAUCUCGGAUGCUGACACAGUUUCUCAAUCAGGACAUCAAACUUCCGGAGAGCCAGGGGCAGGGUUUUUGCUGCCAAAAGGGCGCCAGAGAAAGCGGCACCGGCAAAAAGGGAGGUUGAGCUAUGCAGGUGCUGACGUUGAUGGAGGAACCCUUGAAGGAACAGAAGAAAGAACAGCGAAUGGAGGCGCUUUUGAAGAAGAGGUGGUCGGUGGUCCUGGCGAAGAUUUCAAGGUUUCUAGUUCCAGCGAAGGGCCCGCCAAGAAAGUCGAGACGACAUUGGAAGACCUCACCCCUCAGAGCGUUCUGGAGUUGACCUCUGAUUCGAAAGGCCUUUCCCAAGAAAAGGGCGACCCACGCACUGAAAAGAGCGGGGUUUCCCAGGCUGAGUCGAACGGGGGUGUUCACACUGAUCCGUACCACCCUGGUGGAGGAGAGGGUGUAAAUUGGCCCGGUGUUCAGGGGUUUGCAGUGCCUGGGCUUGAAUUGCCGUCCAGUCCCAUCUACGACGAUGAAGUAACCCAUGCUCUAGUGCCAAAUAAGCCCCGCUUGAGCAGGGAACUGAGCAUCGAUCUGAGAACUGCCGCGGAGAAGGAAGAGGACGAACUAGAGGCGAGAGAAAGCUCGGACGCCCGGACGGUUGCUUCGGACCAUGCGGACGAGCUAGAGCGGAGAGAAAACCCGUCCGAGCUGCAAUCAGUGGUUUCGGACGAAGCGGUCGGACAGUCGUCGAGCGUUCUCCACAGCCCUGGAGAUGUUCGCCAACGGAGCGGCACAGGUUCUCCAGAAGCGAGCACGUUGACAUCAGCUGAUGAUGUCAGCGCUGAGUUGACGCCCGCAAAGGGGUCCUUAGUUCCGGUCUUUAGUUCUCCGCUGGGAACUAGACAGUCAUCAGGGUUUGAUCGGAGGGGGUAUCCUUUGAAUCGACAUGGGAGCGUUGCGUCAACACCGGACGGGCGGGGGGCUCCUACAAGCACUGUAACAACCCCCCGCAAGGGGUUCGAUUCGCCGCAGUCAUUUUUCGCGGCAAAGCAAGAGUUGCUUCCUCCCAUGGAUCUUUCUGUACGGGGCUAUCUAGCGGGGGAGGUCGCGAGCGGGAGCACCCUCCGCAACUCGGCUCUUUCGGCAGGCGACGAACGGCGAGAGCGUGUUUACAACACCAUGUUCCACGUUCCGUGGAGAGUCGAACUGCUGAUUGACGUGGGCUUCCUCGUCUGCCUCGACUCCUUCCUCUCCCUCUUCACCAUCAUGCCGUACCGUUUUGCGCUCUUCUUUUGGCGGCUGGCGUUUCGCUCGGGGUUGAAGCGGCGGCCGCGCGUCGACGAGUUGUGCGACGCGGCGUGCAUGGUGGUCCUUGCGGUUGGUACUGUGGUGCUGCACUCGGUGGACAUCAGCUUCAUCUACCACUGGAUCCGUGGGCAGGCGAUCAUCAAACUUUACGUCGUCUUCAACGUGCUCGAGAUCAUGGACAAGCUGCUGCAGUCGUUCGGUGCUGACGUCCUCCAGGUGCUGUUCAACACGGCCGGCCGCGUCAGCCUGUGCAGCGCAGAGCGCCUCCCCGCCGAGACCGCGCGCCUGCUGCUGGACCAAGGCGUCGCGACCGCCUGCUAUGAUAUCCUCCCUGCCACGUGGCAAGCUGUCGCGUCGCUUGAGUGA